GCCGUGGUCGCGGCCGGCCCUCGUGGGCGGCCACCGGGCCUGUGGGUCCCGGGUCCGCCCUAACAUGGCCGCUCCCGGCAUCCCUCGCGGGCGCGGCGUGGGCGCCUUUCCCGGUGCGCAGGUCCCGCGAGAGGGAGACCCGGGGGCCUGCAGGUGAGCGCCGGGGGCCCUCCCCGGGCCCGCCCGCACGGGACAGACGUGCCCUUCCCCGCCCCGCGUCCGGGGCGGCCCUUUGGGUCGAGGUGGGCGGCCAGCGCGGGGCGAGGCGUUCCCUGCAGGCCUUUUGCAGACUCUCCGCCGCAGCUGCAGCCGGGCCGGGCCAGGGCUCUGCGGGGGUCGUUAACUGUCGCCGCUCUGCGGCGUGGAGACAACCCCCCCCACCCUCCCCCCGGGGGAGGCUGAGCCAAGUGUUUGUUGACUGAUUGUAGCUUAGCAUGGCCCAGGAGGGCAUGAUCGAAGUGGAGCGAAAGUUUGUGCCGGGGCCUGGCACCGAGCAACGGUUGCAGGAGUUGGGGGGCAGCCUGGAGCACCGGCUCACCUUCCGGGACAGCUACUACGACACCCCGGCGCUGAGCCUCAUGCGGGCCGACCACUGGCUGCGCCUUCGCCAGGGCAGCGGCUGGGAGUUCAAGUGUCCCGGGCCGGCGGCCGGCCCCGCGGGCCCCCACACCCAAUACGUGGAGGUCACGGCCGAGCCCGCGAUCGUGGCCCGGCUUUGCGAGCUGCUGGGCGCCGAGACCCCGGCCUCGGGAGGGGUGGCUGCGGUGCUGGCCCCCCUGCGGCUGCAGGAAGUGGCCAGCUUCGUGACGCAGCGCAGCGCCUGGAAGCUAUCCCUCUCGGGCCCCUGCGCGGGCGCGCCGCUCCGGGUGGACCUGGACACGGCUGACUUUGGCUACGCGGUCGGGGAGAUAGAGGCGCUGGUGCGCGAGGAGGCCGAGGUCCCCGCUGCCUUAGAGGAGAUCCUCCAGCUCAGCAGCAUGCUCGGUGUGCCCACACAGGAGAAGGCACCUGCCAAACUGCUUGUGUAUCUCCAACGCUUCCGGCCUCAGGACUAUCUACACCUGCUCGAGGCCUCCAAGUCACAGACAAAGAAGCCCCAGGAAGCCCAGUAGCUGGCUGGCUGGUCAGCGGGCCCGGGUGUUGCUCCUCACCGGCAAAGAGACUUCUGGGUCGCCCUGGCUCAGCGUGCCUCCUGCCCGGGCUUCCCCAGCCCAGACUCCCGGCCCUGCAGCGGGGACCGUGCCUACCCCCUGCCCUCAGCCUCGGCUCUUUCCUGGAGCCCUCGCCCUGGCUGCCUCCUCUUCCCCCAUCCGUCAGAUGCAAUCUGUGGGCCGCCCCUCUCCCCUGGCCGCUAAGCAGCCUCCAUUGAUUUCCGCUCGUGUUUAUAGGAUUUCCACUUAGCCGUGAUCAGUAGUUAAGCACAGGAAAAUCCCUUGCCACCCCCCCUCCCUUGGUCGAUGCCAUUGAUUCUGCCAGCGGCUCCUAAACCGCCUUACAGCUGAGUUAGAGAUGAGGGGAGGCAGUGGGGAUUUCCCUACCUUGGGAUGCAGGGAAUAGCAGCGGGCCGGGCCGGGGCGGAGCCUGGGGAUUCCUACUAGGGGCCUGGAAACUCGAGGGGCCGGAUCUCUACCCAGAGCGGGUCGGGCCAUCCCGUUCCUAAGGCUCAGAGGAGCUCGCAUAUGUCUAAGAGGCUCUUCCCUGGAUGUUACAGACGACUUCUCCCUCCGGGUACCCCUAUUAUACGGCUCCCCCCAGCAAGCUUUAU